AUGCAAAAACUGACGGAGCGCAUAGACGACCUGAAGCAAAGAAUCGCUGCUUGGGGAAAGCGGAUUCGGCGAUAUACCGAGAGGUCGACACGGUUCAACCAGAAUCCAGAUCCGAAGAGGCUCUAUAAAUCAUUGGAGCGAACAAUAGUAAGUGGAACGGGCGCAGCACCAAAUCAGGCCGACACGGUCGCAUUCUGGCGCAGCCUGUGGUCAGAACCCGUAAACCACAACGAGGGCCCUUGGACGGAAGUUGUGGUGAGUCAGUGUGCGGCUAUUACGCCCAUGGAUCCCGUCAUCGUAACGCCGGAUAACGUAGCUGAGGCGGUCCGUAGGGCCCCGAACUGGAAAAGCCCGGGGCUUGACGGGCUGGAUCACUACUGGCUGAAGGGGUUCAUGGUGUGUCACGCUGUGCUCGCCCGACAGUUUCAAGAGGCUCUCAACCAGAAGUCGCUCCCAAGCCUCUUCGCUACUGGGAUCACUCAUUUGGUUCCUAAAGAUCAGGUUGCCACAGACCCGAGCAAAUACCGCCCCAUCACGUAUUUGUUCCCAGAAAAUCUUGGUGCCAUGUCUGAUGAGCAUGGUGAAAGAUUCCACCAAGACAUUGCACAUAUGGAAAAAAGAUACAGCGGCAAGUGGACCCCAGCAAUGCUAGCUGAUUUUUGCUGGGAAAUAAAUCGAGAAACAGCAGUUAAAAUGUAUAAAAGAAAGCGAUCUACCAAAUAG